AUGUCUGAAAAAGAAGUCCACGAGCCCGUCGAGGAAAAAGCUCCACAAGUCCCAGUCGACGCUGCGGAAGAAGAAGACGAUGACGAAGACAUCGACCAAUUGGUUAUGGAAUUACAGUCCAACCACAACAUUGGCGGUGAGGAUGGUGAAGACGAGGACGACGACGAGGAAGAAGAACACCACUCGUCUUCCUACAAGGAAGUCCCAGACGAGUACUUGCACACCGACCCUGUCAGCGGUUUGACUGCUUCCGAAGUCUCCAAGAGAAAGAAGAAGUUUGGUUUGAACCAGAUGGCCGAGGAGAAGGAAAACCUCGUCCUGAAGUUCUGUAUGUUCUUUAUCGGUCCAAUUCAAUUCGUCAUGGAAGCCGCUGCCAUCUUGGCCUGUGGUUUGGAAGAUUGGGUUGAUUUCGGUGUCAUUUGUGGUUUGUUGAUGCUUAACGCUUCUGUUGGUUUCAUCCAAGAAUACCAAGCCGGUUCUAUUGUCGACGAGUUGAAGAAGACCUUGGCCAACUCCGCCACCGUCAUUAGAGAUGGUCAACCAACCGAAGUCCCAGCUAACGAGGUUGUUCCAGGAGACAUCUUAAAGUUGGAGGACGGUACCGUCAUUCCAGCCGAUGGUAAGCUUGUUUCCGAAGAAUGUUUCCUUCAAGUCGAUCAAUCCGCUAUUACUGGUGAGUCUUUGGCUGUCGACAAGCACUUCAACGACCCAACUUUCUCCUCCUCUACUGUUAAGAGAGGUGAAGGUUUCAUGAUUGUCACUGCUACCGGUGACAACACCUUCGUCGGUAGAGCUGCUGCUUUGGUCAACAAGGCUUCUGGUGGCCAAGGUCAUUUCACUGAAGUUUUGAACGGUAUCGGUACUUUAUUGUUGGUUUUCGUCAUCAUCACCUUGUUAUUGGUCUGGUGUGCUUGUUUCUACAGAUCUGACCCAAUUGUCAGAAUCUUGAGAUACUCCUUGGCCAUCACCAUUGUUGGUGUCCCAGUCGGUUUGCCAGCUGUUGUUACCACCACCAUGGCUGUCGGUGCUGCUUACUUGGCUAAGAAGCAAGCUAUUGUCCAAAAGUUGUCUGCUAUUGAAUCUUUGGCUGGUGUCGAAAUCUUGUGUUCCGAUAAGACUGGUACUUUGACCAAGAACAAGUUGUCCUUGCACGAACCAUACACUGUUGCUGGCGUUGAACCAGAUGACUUGAUGUUGACUGCUUGUUUGGCUGCUUCCAGAAAGAGAAAGGGUUUAGAUGCUAUUGACAAGGCUUUCUUGAAGUCUUUGAUCAACUAUCCAAAGGCUAGAGCUGCUAUGAAGGAAUACAAGACUUUAGAAUUCCAACCUUUCGACCCUGUUUCCAAGAAGGUUACUGCCAUCGUUGAAUCCCCAGAAGGUGAAAAGAUCAUCUGUGUUAAGGGUGCACCAUUGUUCGUUUUGAAGACUGUCGCUGAAGACCACCCAAUUCCAGAAGAUAUCUUGGAAGCUUACCAAAACAAGGUUGAGGAAUUUGCUUCCAGAGGUUUCAGAUCUUUGGGUGUUGCUAGAAAGAGAGGUGAAGGUCACUGGGAAAUUCUGGGUAUCAUGCCAUGUAUGGACCCUCCAAGAGAUGACACUGCUGCUACCGUUGCUGAAGCUAGAAGACUUGGUUUGAGAGUUAAGAUGUUAACUGGUGAUGCCGUUGGUAUUGCUAAGGAAACUUGUAGACAAUUAGGUCUUGGUGAUCAAAUUUUCGAUGCUGAGAGAUUAGGUCUUGGUGGCGGUGGUGACAUGGCUGGUUCCGAAUUAUACGAUUUCGUUGAGAACGCUGAUGGUUUCGCUGAGGUUUUCCCACAACACAAGUAUAACGUUGUUGAAAUUUUGCAAGAAAGAGGCUACUUGGUUGCUAUGACUGGUGAUGGUGUCAAUGAUGCUCCAUCUUUAAAGAAGGCUGAUACUGGUAUUGCCGUCGAAGGUGCUUCCGAUGCCGCAAGAUCUGCUGCUGAUAUUGUUUUCCUUGCUCCUGGUUUAUCUGCUAUCAUUGAUGCUUUGAAGACUUCCAGACAAAUUUUCCACAGAAUGUACUCCUACGUUGUCUACCGUAUUGCUUUGUCCUUGCAUUUGGAAAUCUUCCUUGGUUUAUGGAUUGCUAUCUUGGAUGAAUCAUUGAACAUUGACUUGGUUGUUUUCAUUGCUAUUUUCGCUGAUGUUGCUACCUUGGCCAUUGCUUACGAUAACGCUCCAUUUGCUCAAAAGCCAGUCAAGUGGAACUUGCCAAGAUUAUGGGGUAUGUCCAUUGUUCUUGGUAUCUUCUUAGCUAUCGGUACCUGGAUUACCUUGACCACCAUGUUCUUGCCAAAGGGUGGUAUCAUCCAAAACUUCGGUUCUAUUGAUGGUGUUAUUUUCUUGCAAAUUUCUUUGACUGAAAACUGGUUGAUUUUCAUUACAAGAGCUGUUGGUCCUUUCUGGUCUUCUAUUCCAUCUUGGCAAUUAUCCGGUGCUGUCUUCAUUGUUGACAUCAUCGCUACUUGUUUCACCCUUUUCGGUUGGUGGUCCCAGAACUGGAACGACAUUGUUACUGUCGUUAGAGUCUGGAUCUGGUCUUUCGGUACCUUCUGUGUCUUGGGUGGUGCUUACUACUCCAUGUCUGAAUCCGAAAAGUUCGACAGAUUGAUGAACGGUAAGCCAAUGAAGCAAAAGGAAAGCAACAGAUCAUUCGAAGAUUUCGUUGCUGCUAUGAAGAGAGUCUCCACUCAACACGAAAAGUCAACUUAA